GCCGGCUGGGUUGCAGUGUGGGGUGGUGUUUGUGUGUCCUCCCCUCUGUUUCAUGUGUAUGGAUGUAUGCUUCUGAGUGUAUAUGCCUGGCUCAUAGGGGGCCUGGAGUUCUGCCUGCAUGCAUAGAAGGUGCAUAUAUGUAAAGUAGAAACUGAACCAGGGUACCAAAAUGAACUCCUGUAUGCAAGAAAUAUAUGAAGUGCACCCAGCUGCCAGCAGCAAUCGCUCCAUGCAACUCUCUGAUUCCUACGCGUGUUUGGAAGACAGUCCAGGUUCCAAUAGCUGUGGAGCAGUGGCUGUGCCCAGCCACAGUAUAUAUAUGGAGCAGGCCUGGGCACUGAACCAGCCUUAUACCUGUAGUUACCCUGGAAACAUGUUUAAAAGCAAGGACUCUGACUUGGACAUGGCCCUGAAUCAGUACGGCCAGCCUGAAUAUUUCACUGAAGAAAAGCCUACUUUUCCUCAAGGGCGGUCACCAUCGUACUCUCAGAGAAAAGGGUACAUCCCCAGUUAUUUGGACAAGGAUGAGCUCUGUGUGGUGUGUGGUGACAAAGCGACUGGUUAUCACUACCGCUGCAUCACAUGUGAAGGCUGCAAGGGUUUCUUUAGAAGAACCAUUCAGAAAAAUCUCCAUCCAUCCUACUCCUGUAAAUAUGAAGGAAAAUGUGUCAUAGACAAAGUCACGCGGAAUCAGUGCCAGGAGUGUCGCUUUAAGAAGUGCAUAUAUGUUGGCAUGGCAACAGAUUUGGUACUUGAUGACAGCAAGAGGCUGGCCAAGAGGAAGCUGAUAGAAGAGAAUCGGGAGAAGAGGCGGCGGGAGGAGCUGCAGAAGUCCAUUGGGCACAAGCCGGAGCCCACCGAUGAGGAAUGGGACCUCAUCAAGACAGUCACCGAAGCCCACGUGGCCACCAAUGCCCAAGGCAGCCACUGGAAGCAGAAACGGAAAUUUCUGCCAGAAGAUAUUGGACAAGCACCAAUAGUAAACGCCCCGGAAGGUGGAAAGGUCGACUUGGAAGCCUUCAGCCAUUUUACAAAAAUCAUCACACCAGCAAUCACCAGAGUGGUGGAUUUUGCCAAAAAGUUGCCUAUGUUCUGUGAGCUGCCAUGUGAAGACCAGAUCAUCCUCCUCAAAGGCUGCUGCAUGGAGAUCAUGUCCCUUCGUGCGGCUGUACGCUAUGACCCCGAGAGUGAGACUUUGACCUUGAAUGGGGAAAUGGCAGUGACACGGGGCCAGCUGAAAAACGGGGGUCUUGGCGUGGUGUCGGAUGCCAUCUUUGACCUGGGCAUGUCUCUGUCUUCUUUCAACCUGGAUGACACGGAAGUAGCCCUCCUUCAGGCCGUCCUGCUGAUGUCCUCAGAUCGCCCAGGGCUUGCCUGUGUUGAGAGAAUAGAAAAAUACCAAGACAGCUUCCUGUUGGCCUUUGAACACUAUAUCAAUUACCGAAAGCACCACGUGACACACUUUUGGCCAAAACUCCUAAUGAAGGUGACAGACCUGCGGAUGAUUGGCGCCUGCCAUGCCAGCCGCUUCCUGCACAUGAAGGUGGAAUGCCCCACGGAGCUCUUCCCUCCUUUGUUCUUGGAAGUGUUCGAGGAUUAGACAGACUGGAUUUAUUCUUAAAAUUCCCACAGCACUACUGGGUGUCAUUCCAUUCCAUUGCCUAGAAAUUUUCUGUUUGUUUCUUCUUGUCUUCAUGUUGGGAAGAACUUUGGGGGGAUAAAGGGAGCGAGUCCUUGGCAUAGACAUGGAUG